AUGUCAAAUGAUGUCGAGCCACGUAUCCAUGAUGAUGCAUCUGUUGACACCUCGAUGAAAGAACGUCUCCAUGACAAAAGAACGGCUCAACGUUUAUCUUCACGACAUGCAUCAUCUCAUCGCACUCGCACUUUUUCCGAAGGUGAUGGUGGAUUAUCAUCUUUGCAACGAAAGAAACGGCUCUGUGAGCUGGUUGAGAAGCGAGAACAACCCACAUCAUCAUCUGCAACAAAAGAGACAGCUGUACAGCAACAGACAUUGGGUCGUCGGUGGCCGAAUCCCAACAAGACUGACAAAGCUGGGCGCACAAAGCUUUUCGGGUGCACAGCAGCGGGUGAUCUUGUCAAAGUCAAGGAGCUCAUAGCUUGUGGUGCCCAAGUGAAUCAUCGUGACAAUGCUGGAUGGACACCUUUACAUGAAGCUGCUCUUAAAGGUCAACUCGAUGUUGCUCGAUAUCUUAUUGAAUGUGGUGCCCAAGUCAAUGUACGUGGAUUCGGCAAUGAUACGCCUCUUCAUGACGCUAGCGCUGCGGGCUUUGCUGAUUGUGUACGACUACUCAUUAAUGCUGGUGCCGAUGUUUUUGCAUUAAACGCCAACAAAGAGACACCACUCGAUGUUUGUGAUGACAAGAAAUGCGCGUCGCUAUUGAGGAACAAGAUGCAACAACUUGAGCAAUUGGUGCCACAGGACAAAGAUGGCCGUACCGAAUUACACAAAGCAUGUGCUGAAGGCGAUUAUGAUCAUGUGGCGUCGUUACUAAAGCAAGGUGCCAAUGUGAAUGCUCGUGACAAUAUGUCAUGGACACCUUUACAUGAGACAGCUUGUCAAGGCAGCACAGCUAUUGCACGAUUACUUAUUCAACAUGGCGCUGAUGUCAAUUAUCCUGGAUAUCGAGGAUCUACAGCUUUGCAUCGUGCCAGUGCCACAGGCUAUACCGAGCUUGUUCAAUUUCUACUCGAAUCAGGUGCCAAUGUUGAGCUCCAAGAUGAUCGUGGUAAUUGCCCUUAUGAUGUUGCAGUCGAUCAUGCAAUGACACGCCACUAUCUUGCUCUUCGCAUGGAUGAGUUACGUAAAGAACGUGCUGCGAGCGAUGCCAUUGAUGAAAUCACUUUCCAAUCCCACAAGAAGCAGCGACGUCAUGGCCCUGAUGCGGAUAACGACAAAGGCACCUCCGAACAAUCACGUCCACUAUCACGAGAAGAACGCAAAAUACAAGCUAUCAUGCGCACAUUUGCCACUAUGGAGCAAAAGAAACGUCCAAGAAAAUCAUCAGUAGCAGACAACAAUGACGACGACAAUGAAUUAUCAUUCGAGGAGUAUUCAAAAAACCUUCGUCGCAAACGUCGUGCACGAACGCAAAGCUUGUCAUCAACAUCACGUGAAUCUUCAGUAUCACUCGAUCCUCAACAAGUGGUUCCGGCAACAACAACAACACAACAAAAGCCGGCAGCUGAUCCUCGCAAGUUAAAUCCAACAAAAAAAGAUGCAAGUGGUCGUACGUUUCUACACAAGCGCUCUGGAAGAGGUGACAUGCCCGCCAUGGAAGCAUUGCUUGAAGCUGGUGCCAAUCCCAAUGAACAAGAUAAUGCAGGAUACACACCAUUGCAUGAAGCUGCAUUACGAGGCCGUACACAAGCUGUACUACUUCUUUUACAACAUGGCGCUGAUGCGAAUGCCAAGGGUGCUGAUGAUGACACGGCAUUACAUGAUGCAACAGCUAAUGGCCAUACUGAUGUGAUACAUCAUCUGCUCAAAUUUGGUGCCAAUCCUCAUGCGACCAAUGCAAAAGGAAUCACUCCCAUUGAUAUCGCAGUUGAUAGUGGAAACAGCAACAUUGAACACUUAUUACGUCAAAUUCCUGCAUCAUCGCAAGAACGCAAGAAACAGCAGAGCAGCAACAUCCACAAUGAAAGCAGCAAACAAAGACCCAACAACGAGACAAAGACGGCACAACGAGCAAAGGCUCAGGCACGUUCCGUUUCAGGUCAUCCUUUACCAAAGAAGAAUUUGCGACUCUCCCAAAUGGCUGAUCUCGCGACAACAGCAACAAUAACAACAUCAUCAACCAACUCGAAAGGGCCGAUCCCAACGCCACCACCUGAACGACGUUUCAAUUUCGGCAAUGAUGAUGAUCAUCGCAACACGAAUGAGAUUCAGCCGUUGUUCACUAUUAAGCAUUGGGAUGAAACGACAUCAAAGAUGAUACCUUGUGUGGUGGAUCUUCAAGUUAGCAUGCUAUUUGGAAUGAAAUCGACGGCUGAUUUAUGGAAGCAGUAUCCGCAUUUGACGCAUCAACCCAUUCGCGUGGACCAAAAAUCUCGAUUGUGGCCAACGUUUUCAUCCAUCCUUUGCAACCAACCUCAUCAUGAUGCAUUCGAAACCAAACGCAACUUUAUUGAAUCCGACUUGUAUCUUGUGCCUCUCGACCAAGUAUUUACUAUUGUCAAGCAAGAUUACAGUCACAUGACCCAGCAUCUUACUACCCAGCCUGUGGAUACCACCAAUGACCAGGAUACCAACAAAGGGCUUCAACAUGAGACAGCACCUUCAGCAACUCUGCUCAACAUUGUAUCACGACGACCCGGUUGCAGCUUACCACCCAAGUUUGCUCUCAAGCUACAAAAAUUGAAAAAAUGA